UUGCUGUUCGCUUCUCUGUUCGCUGCGUUCACUUCCUUUUGAGCCAGCGAGGUCGCUCAGCAAGAAAAUUUCCAAAGCACUCUGGGACGGAUCCUUUGACGGCGGAAACGAAAAGAAUGUUGAUAUGGUACGAGAGAGUGUUUGAAGUCUAAAACAAUCAUGUUUGGAAAGAAAAAGUCUAAUGAUCCGUCCGCUGAAUGGACUAAGACAGGAAGUUUUGUUCACAAGCCUCAAAGGGGAUGGCUUCAUUCAGAUAAUUCGCUGAAGGAAGGCGGAGUUUGUUAUGCUGUCAAAUAUGUUGGUUGUUUACAAGUAUUAAAGUCCAUGCGAACUCUCCCUUACGAUCUUCGACAACAAGUUACAAGGGAAGCUAUCUUGAGAUGUUCUGAAGCUGCUGGCUAUCAGCUGUCGAGGAGAAAGAAGGCAGGAAAGAAUAUACAAAAGCUUCUAGGAGAAGUCCCUGGUAUGGUAAACUCUGGCUGUGCUGUUAACAUGACAGUAUCGUCCCUUGGUAUUAAGUUGACAAGCAUUGAAAGUGGAAGAGUUGUUGCUAAUCAUGACAUGCAAGGAAUUUCAUUUGCUAGUGGUGGAGAAAAGGACUGCAUUGAUAUGAUAGGAUAUGUGGCAAAGGAUCAAGUUAAUGGAAGAGCCUGUUUUGUUCUGGACUGUGGAGGAGGAUUAGCUUACGAUGUGAUCAACACAUUAGGACAAGCCUUUGAAAUCCGUUUUAAGAUGUUCUUACAGAAUCCACCCCUUGCCACGGAGGUUCCUGAAAGAUUUUCAGAUACAUUGUUUGAUGAGAGUGAAGAACAUACCUAUGAAAUGGAGUAUGAAGAGCCAAAGAAUGACGGAUUACCAUUGCCAUCGCAUACAUAUGAAGCUCCAAUUGAUUCACGGCAACCUGGUUACACGGCACUGAGAAACACAUCAUCACAUGUGCUUGGAGACUAUGACAACCCCAACAGACUGACGAAUGCACAUGGCUACGAUGUCCCCAAAGGAUCUCUGGUGGGUUACGAAGCGCCCAAGAUCAAAGAGAGAGGUGACUAUGAACACCCUUCAGAGCGAUCCAAUAGCAGAAAUGGCGUGAACCAGUCCGGUAGCCUGAUGUUCGCCGCAGGAGCGUGCUAUGAAAAUCCUAACGGUGCCGCCUUCUACGAGAAUCCGCUUGCUACUCCCAGGGUACCUGAUAGAAGUGAUAGCUUGGAGAGACAUCCACUUGACUUGCAAGACUCCUCACUCUACGAUAACCCUUCCUCCCCACGUUCUGGAUCUGGUGAGCGACAGAAUCAGUGGGCAACAUUUGAUGGGGAGAUGCCACCUCCCCCACCCCCAGCGGCAACUAAUCCGGAUAGCCAUGACUACCUAACUCCACGCCCCACCCCAAGGAAAAAGCCCCCUGUACCAAAACCGUAUGCUGUUUCUAAGUCAGAGAAAGAAAAACAACAAGAACAGUCACAGUACCAGCCGCAACAAUCAGCGCCAACGGAAGGUACUCAAUCCACCCCUCUUGAAUCAGAGGUGUGGUACCACGGUCCAAUGUCUCGUGCCGAAGCUGAACUCCUGUUGGAAGAUGAAGGGGACUUCUUGGUAAGAGAGAGUAAAUCAAAGGCAGGACAGUAUGUGCUGUCUGGAGUUCAAAAUGGACAGCCGCGACAUUUAUUGUUGGUGGAUCCAGAAGGCAAGGUUCGUACAAAAGAUCGCGAGUUUUCAAGUGUUCAAGAACUCGUUGUUUACCAUGUAAACAACGCUCUGCCAAUCAUUUCGUCGGGAAGCCAGGUCACGAUAACACACCCUGUUCACAGGCAAUAACUGUUCGAACCUAGUAACGAUUUGUUUCGGCUAACCUUUUUGCAAACCGCAGCUACCUGAAUCGAGUAUGUUAGUAUGUCUAGGGAACUUGUUUGACUCAUUUGAUGAUUACACCACGACUUCUUUUCUGGAAGUUAGGUGUGGUAUUUCAAAUACUUUAUUAAACUACUGGUUUGCAGAAACGGUAGGCUUUUAUUGGGCGGGGCUUUACAAAAUAACUUUUAACACACUGCUUUCAGAGUCUUCGUUUCACUUAAGAAGAGCAACAUAAUGAUUUCUUAUAAACACUCCCAGCUGAGGCAAAAGUGCCUAAGCUGAACUUUCGUUAUAAAGUUUUGUACAAAUGUUACCUGUAAGGUUUUGUAAAACUUUGCUAACUCAACUUUUUGAUCAAGUAUUGCGUCGCACACAACACGAUAGCAGUAAAUGUAAUGUAUAUUUCGUAAUGAAGGGAUAAUAAUUUUCUCAAAGAUAUUUGCUGACAUAAUUAAUGAUCAGCCACUUAUACUUUUCGCUUUCGAUUUAAGAACUAAUGGUGAUCUGUCGAAAAGCAUAGGAAGCUUGCACGGUGUUUAACACGAGAAGACAAUAAAAGUUAUCCUCAAGUAUAUUUUCAAUGCAUGUGUAUAAUUUCAAAUUUUGAGCAAGGUUAUUCAUAGAGAGCAUUUUGAUUGAAUGCCGAGUACCCAAAACCAAAGUAAUCACUACAGCCAAUCAUAAAAAAGGAAAUAUCUCAAGGAGGCCUAUCAGAACUCGAAGCAAAAAGUGCGGGAAAAAAGUGCGCGAAAUAAAGGUGCAGGGAAAAAAAGGGUGCGAAAAUAGUGUGGGAAAAAAGAGCUAAGAAAAAGUGCAGGAAAAUGCGGGUGACCAAAGUUGUGGUGAUUGGUUGUAGGUUCGAAUCUGAUUGGUUAGGAUGUUAGCGCGACUUUUUCACACUAAUCACGCAAUCUACUAAAGAAAUAUUAUUGAAAUCCUGGAUAGCUCUCGACGCUAAAUUGAAUAUUGCUUCAAGAUCGAUCCAAACUUAUUUUACAAUAUUUGUAGAAUAAAUCGGUUAUGUUUAACAAUUUCACGAGAUUUGCCAAGAGACUACUUUUUUGAGAAUGUCGAUCAACUGAUUUAAAUGAACAAUAAAAAGGUAGUUAAAUUUGUUUACACCAGCAAGCUCUGGUUUGGUUUUAAAGCUAGGAAUUUUUGCCCGUAGCUACAAAUAGUAAUAGCUGGUCUAUUAUUUGUAACUGAAAAUCAAUUAAUUUUAUAACUCUUCUCGUAACUUUUACAGGAUUUGCACUUUUAAUAGAAAAACGGAUAAGAAAAGAACGCAUUUAUUCCUUAACGUUCAACUUUAUUUCAAGAAAAGUUGUUUUAGACUUUUUUAUUUGAAAAAACUCAAGACGGCAAUCGCAACUUUUGUAUCACCUAUAUAAUAUUGUAACUCUUAGAUCACCACACAAACUUUCAAUGUGUCAUCUAGGGUAGCAUAUGUUACGUGUUCAAGAGUUGUAAAUGUCCUUGUUUUGGGCCACAAGGUUUCAAAGACCGAAGCGCUCUAGUGUGGGAAGGGGUCAUUGAUUGCAAUAUUUUAAAGUAAAGUCACUUGUAUUUCUUGAAGUUGAA